CCCCGCGCGGAGGCCGGCGCGCCAGGAGCUAGCUGGCGGCGGACGCGCGGGGAGGCCGAAAGUUUCUCUGGCCGCCUGGUUCGGCGAGCCGGAGCCGCGAGGUGCGGCAGCGCCGCGGGACCCGCCCGGCCGGCAGUUCUGGGAAGACAGCCGGGACACACUGAAAAAGAUUCUCAAGUCAGCCCGAGGCGCAGGGGGGCAGGUUGGCAUGAAGCAUGGUUAAUUCUCUGUGUCUACCAGUGAAGAACUGAGGCACCAGAGGGGCACAGCUUUCCCUGAGGUCCACAGCUAAUGGGAGCAAAGUUAGGUUUAGCAAGUGGAAGUCCAAGUACGAGAUCUCAGCUGAGAAGAUGUGUGUGUGGACAUUCAUUCUUCCUGAAAUGAGAAAAAACCCAGGUAUACAGCUCUCCAGGCUCCGUGAGGCUUCUGCUAUGACUACAGUUCCCUCGUGGUACCAGGACUGCCCUUUGCUGCCACAGCCACAGCAGAUCCCCGUUCUGCCCUGUCUGUCCUUGGUCCCAAGUCAGCAUGGGUAGCGUCAGUAGCCUCCUCUCUGGCCACAGCUUCCACGGCAAGCACUGCCGGGCCUCACGAUACAAGCUGGGCAAGUCCUCCCAUCUCAAGAAGCUCAAUCGGUAUUCAGACGGGCUGCUGAGAUUUGGCUUCUCCCAGGACUCAGGCCAUGGCAAGUCCAGCUCCAAAAUGGGGAAGAGUGAGGACUUCUUCUACAUCAAGGUCAGCCAGAAAACCCGGGGCUCCCACCACCCAGAUUACACUGCACUGUCUAGUGGGGACAUAGGCGGCCAGGCCGGGGUGGACUUUGGCCCGUCCACCCCACCCAAGCUUAUGCCCUUCUCCAAUCAGCUAGAAAUGGGCUCAGAGAAGGGUGCAGUGAGGCCCACAGCGUUCAAGCCUGUGCUGCCACGGUCAGGAGCCAUCCUCCACUCAUCCCCUGAAAGCUCCAGCCACCAGCUGCACCCUGCCCCUCCAGACAGGCCCAAGGAACAGGAGCCAAAGCCCAGCCUGUGCUCCGGGGCACUGUCUGACUCCGGCCGGAACUCCAUGUCCAGCCUGCCCACACACAGCACCAGCAGCAGCUACCAGUUGGACCCGCUGGUUACGCCAGUGGGGCCCACCAGCCGUUUUGGGGGCUCAGCCCACAACAUCACCCAGGGCAUCAUCCUCCAGGACAGCAACAUGAUGAGCCUGAAGGCUCUGUCUUUCUCUGAUGGGGGAAGCAAGCUGGCCCACCCAAGCAAGGCAGACAAGGGUUCCUCAUGUGUCCGUUCCCCCAUCUCCACAGACGAGUGCACCAUCCAGGAGCUUGAGCAGAAGCUUCUGGAGAGAGAAGGUGAGCUCCAGAAGCUGCAGCGCAGCCUUGAGGAGAAGGAGCUGGCCUCCAGCCAGGCCUAUGAAGAGCGGCAGUGGCGCUGCAAGGAGGAGCUGGAGGGCCUGGAGCAGAAGUGCAACAGCAAGUUGAAGCAGGCCUCCCAGAAGAGUCAGCGCACGCAGCAGGUGCUGCACCUCCAGGUGCUCCAGCUCCAGCAGGAGAAGCGGCAGCUCCGGCAGGAACUCGAGAGCCUCAUGAAAGAGCAGGACCUGCUGGAGACUAAGCUCAGGUCCUAUGAGAAGGAGAAGACCAGCUUUGCCCCUGCACUGGAAGAGACCCAGUGGGAGGUGUGCCAGAAGUCAGGUGAAAUCUCUCUCCUGAAGCAGCAGCUGAAGGAGUCGCAGACAGAGAUCAAUGCCAAGGCUAGUGAGAUCCUCAGUCUGAAGGCACAGCUGAAGGACACACGGGGCAAACUGGAGGGCAUGGAGCUGAAGACUCAGGAUUUGGAGAGCGCUCUGCGCACCAAAGGCCUAGAGCUGGAGGUCUGUGAGAAUGAGCUACAGCGCAAGAAAAAUGAGUCUGAGCUUCUCCGAGAGAAGGUGAACUUGCUGGAGCAGGAGCUGCUGGAACUGCGGGCCCAGGCUGCCUUGCAGCGGGAUGCUGUGUCCCUGGGGCCAGGACUGGGGCCUGGGCCAGGGACUACUUUCUCUGAGGACAUCCCUGCCCUGCAGCGGGAGUUGGAGCGGCUGCGUGCAGAGCUGAAGGAGGAGCGGCAGGGCCAUGACCAGAUGUCUUCAGGCUUCCAGCAUGAGCGGCUGGUGUGGAAGGAGGAGAAAGAGAAGGUGAUCCAGUACCAGAAGCAGUUACAGCAGAGCUACUUAGCCAUGUACCAGCGGAACCAGCACCUGGAGAAGGCUCUGCAGCAACUGGCCCAUGGGGACGGUGCAGGAGAGCCCUUUGAAAUUGACCUUGAAGGAGCCGACAUCCCCUAUGAGGACAUCAUAGCCACUGAGAUCUGAGGGGCCUCCUGGGAGAGGGAGACCCAGGGAUCUGGCACUGGGAAACAGGGGUGCAGAGCCUGUCAAGGAGGGCUCCUCUCCCCACUCUCCUGCUCGUAACUCAGGCCUCUGUGAGAGGCCUCCCCAAGGCACAGACCUGGGAUUCUCCAGGGGAGGGGAGAGGAGAAGAAGGACUGCUACAUAACCUUUUCAAUCCUUGCCCACAUUCUAGCAUUUACCAUCUCUGCAGCCCAUCAGACCUCUAGAUUUCCUAAGAGAUGGGUUCAGGGAUCUCCAUCAUUUGGUUAAGUGCUCUCUAAACCUUGCCUUUUGUUAAAAAAUACUUAGACCCUCUCCCAGCGAUGGUGGUAACUGCUGUAUUGGCUGAUGGCCACCCCAGGAUAGAAGCUCCCUUCUGCCUCUUCCCACAACCACUUUUUUGCCCCUGGACACAUUGGGAUGCCUUGAGAGUAGAAAGAAGCCAUCUGUGAUCAUAAGCCUUGGAACUUAACCUGGUCAUAACCUGAGCUGUUUUUCUCUGGCCUCAGAGUUGUAGGGGUUGGAUUUUGGUAUGGAGAACCUGGCUUAGCAACAUCAGAGCUGUCCCAACCCUAGAAUGCCACAAAAAGGAGGGGAAAUCUGGGGCAACCCUAGAAUGUCUAGACUCAGCAAAGCCUAGAGAGGGUCAGAGGAAGAAGCCAUGUAGUAAUGGCCAGACCCUGCUGGGCCCUGCUAACUGGAGAUAAGCAGCCUUUGGACUCCUGGUAGCCUUUGACCUCAGUGACCACUCUUCUUAAAGCCAUAGACACUGAGGCCCUGGGGAGGGGAGAUUGAAGGCACUGUGACACAGGGAGGGUACGGCUUUCCAAAUGUCCCUGGGAGAGCCUCCAGAUCUUUCUUCAUGGGGCUAGAGGUAGGGGUUUCCCCACCUGGUUUAAAUUGGCCAGUGGCGACUCUGAACGUAUUUUCUCCUCAAGAAUCCAGCCUUUGCUGGAUCCAGCUUGACCUCAUUUACAACUAAAAUGGUGCACGAAUGAUAUGACAUUUCCGUCCUUUGCCUGCGGCUCAGUUUAAUGGCACACCCUUUCCCCUUUGCAUUUCCAGUGCUAAAUUCAGACAAGACUCCUUACGGGUCAGGAACAAUCCCCAGCGUUUGGUGGGCCAGAGCUCCAGCCAGGGAGAAGAGACACAAAUACAGCUUUAUGAACAGCCCCAGGGCCACUGGCUAGCCUCCCUCUACCUGGGCCCCACAGAAGCCCCCAGUUGUAAAGAAUCCAGGGGGCUUCAGUUUGCUGGGGGCUGAACCAGUGCCUGGGGGAGGCUGGAGUUUCUCUUUUGAAGAUGUGCAGAGCUGGGGGAGGAAAGAAUGGUGAAGUUUCUGAGUUGCUUGGUUCAGAGGAAAAAAAAAAAUUUUUUUUUUUGUCUUCUUACUUUUUUUCUUUCUUGUCUUUUCAGAAGCAAGACAGAUCUAGCAGGCAGCCAGAACUGUUCCAUGUUCUAUUUUUGACUAAAGCUACAGCUGUUGUUCUUUCUUAGGACAGCCAAGCCUUGCUGGAUUCCUGAGCUUCGUGCCUGUUUGCUGAGAGGGGUUCACUGAAGUAGGAGGGAUGAGAGUCUGGGUAUUUAGCAAGUCUGAAACCAAACCCCCUGGUUCUGCCUCCCUGACCACAGUCCUUACAGGACCCAGAGUGGGAGCUGCUUCUUGUGACACCACCACCCCCACCUCCCAGCCCCGCCUUCAGACCACCACAUUCUUUCCCUGAGUAAGGCUGAGAGCAGGGCCAUCUUCCCUGCAGUUAGCUCUGCCUUCUGGUCCCUGGGGUUAGGCUGUGCCUGUGACAGGAGCUUUUCUGGAAUUUCAAGCCACUGGUCUUAGUCAUAGGCCAGAUUUAAACCUGAAAUGGAUAGGCUAAAAGCCCCCUUCCUGCCUGGAGGGCAGUACCCUCCAUUGGGCACAGUGCAGACCCUCAAGUCAAAAUUGUCCCAUUCCCUAAGCCACGCUAUUAGAAGGUGGGAGAGGGGUGGUAAAAUAUCUUUCAACUGAGAAGGCACUUUGAGAGCAGAAAACAAAACAGGUGACUCCAUACAGUUUACACAGAGUUUUAUUCAGGGUAACGUACUGACCGGGAGAAUCGGGUGGCCAAUGAUCCACGGGCUGCACGCAGUUAUUCUCCACAAAGUCUGGACCUAGUUCAUAGUUUUGAUAAGGCCAGGGGACACACAGAAGGGCAUUAUACCGAGAUCAAAGGGUUUGCAUGCACCUAAUUGACAGCUAACCUCUAAUUAGAUCUGUGGCACCACCUGUGCCUCCGGAAGAGGAAAGACUGUGUUCUCUUCAACAGAUUCGUGGGAGGCCAAAACAAGCCUCCCCCAAUCCAAGCCUUGGAAGGCAUUUCUACAGUAUGUAUGCUAACCUCCAAGGGGCCCAGAACACAGCCCCAAGAGAGGUCAUCAAGCAAACACGAGCAAGAUGGAGGACCAAAGUUGGAGUCCAUAUUGUCAGCACUCCUACACACAGCCCUCACUCCCUCUAUUUCCACCAGCCUGUGCCUUGUUCGAGUUCUUUUUCCCAGUGAGACUGCCAUGAGAUAAAGGGGCUGCUAUUCCCUCCCCAGGCUGGAGAAACCCCACUACUCCCCACCCGCAAAGAGCAGCCAAAAGCCCUGUGCCCUGCCCUCCAGACCUUGCUGAGAAGAGAUGGGUGCUAAGCCCAGAGGAGGACACUCAGGGGCAAGGUCUGUGCUCCACCAUGGUGUGACCAUAGCAAGCACUCUGCGUCCCUGCCUAAGGCCAACCCAUGGGUGCCCCCCCCAUGGCCACCUACCAAAGGCCCCAGGGUGGCCCACAGUGCACCAGAGUGCACCAGUGUCCUGUAACAUAGUGACCUUACCGCCAUGUGGUUUUUCUUCCCUUCCCUAUGGAAAAACAUCCUUACUAUUCCUGGACCAUGCCAAACCCAGCCUCUUCGGAAGGAGGCUCUGAACAACAGAGUCUGAGCAGGGACUGUGAAGUCAGAUGACAGGGACUUCAGAGUAGACGGCCUGGCCCAGGGCCAGCCAGCAUGCACUUGCUUCCAUUCGUUCUGAAUACUUCUGCUGGCAUGCUUGCUCUUUCAGUCAGAUCGACCUGCUCUGCUCUUCCAAAGGAUGCCUGGCCUGAAAAUGCUCUGGCUGCCUGCAAAGAGAGAGCAGUAGCCAGUACCACCUCACCAAGAAUGGGACUCUGUCUCCAGGCCCUGCAAUGACCAGAGUCUCUCAGGGCUCCCCAUGGGGGUCUGUCUUCUGGCUGCAUUCAGGUAACUCCAGUUGGGUGCACUCUGGCCCCAUAGGCACUGAGCUCUAUAUGGACUGGGGAGGGUUAGCUCUCCCCUGAGAAACACUUGCUGACCCUCUGCUCCCUCCCCUAUUCUUGUCCCGGCCCAGCCUGGGCCAUCUCUUGCUGAUGGAGCAGCAGCUUUGGGAGACGGCUUUCCCUAUGGGGCCUGAGUUCUCCUAAGCCAAAGCUGUCAUGGCAGGAGAUCAUGCACCCUGUGCAGUGGGUGCUUCUUGUGUGGUCGGUCUUGUGCUGAGUCUGCAUGCACAGCUGGAGCCCCCAGCCAAGGCUGGCUUUGGAGAGACUGGCAUGGAAAGAAUAUGUACAUAGUUAUUUUUCUCUGGGUUGUUUCUUGUUUUUUUGGUUUGAUUUGCUUUUGACAGCUUCAUUUUAUUUUUGAUGCCCCUUUUUGUCCUGUAAACUAUUUCUGAUAAUUUUAUGUUUCUAUUUAUGAAUAAAGAAUGCCAUUUCUCAUGCCCUCCAGAGCUGCUUUUGUCGACUCAAGCUACCCUGCUUGUCCAGGCUGUGCUGUAGCAGCUCCUUGGGGUGUCUCCAUCUGGAACAGCAGAGCUGAUGUCUCUCCCUGCCAGUGAAGGAGGUGCAGACAGCCUUGAUGAAGGCACUGUUGGCUGGGGGAAGCAUGGGCCUUGGCAUCAGGUAGACUUCCAGGCAGUCUGUACCAUUCUCCAACCCUGUGGUUUUAUCUGUGAAAGGGCCCUGAAUUGACCCUGAGGAAGGAGAAAAGGAGACGCAGGGACAUAUGUCUGUAACAUACAGGGUCCUCUCCAAAAGAGAGCCCCUCCCCGGCCAAACCUUAGGCCUCCCCUCCCUCACUGUCUAGCUGCUCACCUCACCAGCCAAUUCCUUGGCCUAUUGAAUCCAGCCUCUUUGGCAGGAGACCAAAGUGGCUAUUGUUGCCACUACCUCGGGGCCAUUUGUCCAGCCUUCUCUAUGCCAACCUGCCUCGUUCACCUCAACAAGCAUUCCCAACUGCUCUGGGCUCAAGUCCUACACUCAAAGGGCUUCUACUCAGGUGGCAGGAGACAGAAGGAACAUGUAAGAAGGAAAUGGAACACAUGAGGGAUAAAUGGCAAUGCCUUUGAGGUGGGACAAGUCAAGCACUCUAGGGAAGGUGGCAGGCAGGAAAGGGUCUGGGGAGGGGGGCAAGUAUGGGACGGAAGAGGAGUGAGCAGAAAGGGAAGGACAGGAAGCACAUCCCAGGACAGGCAUUCACAGCAGCCUAGGGCUCCCUGCCUGUCUACACAGGUGACAGGAGCAGCACUGGAGGUGGGAGAGGCAGGAGGCCUGGGUGUGGUGCACCUCCAAGCUCAAGGAUGGUCAAGCAGCUGAGAAGUGACCAAGUCAGGAUGGGAGCCUGCAUCUGUCUAAUUCCAAGCUCCAGCACUCAGACAAAUGGGUCAUAUCAGCCCUGGGGUAACCCUUCUAGUUCUUUGUCCUAACCCUGGCUCAUGGUGGGUAGGCCACUGCAUUGGUGGCACCCACUGAAAUAUGCCUCCCACUAAUCACACCCCUAUGUAGCCCCUUCCCUUUAGUUCUGGCAGGCCCUGGGACUUACUUUAACCAAUUAAAGUCAGUGGAAGUGAUGCUCCACCAGUUCCAGCCUAAACUUGGAAGCUUCCAAUUUUAUAUUCCUGGGGGCCCUGAGCCGCCAUGUAAAAAACCCCUCUCGUCUACUGGAGAGACCUCACGGAGCAGGAGGGAUCCUGUUGUCCCAGCGAGGCUCCAGCUAAGUGCAGCUGAUCCAUCAGACCCCAUGGAACAGGGAUUUGCUUCCCCCACUCUGCCCUUCCAGAAUCCUGACCUUAGGUACCAUGAGCACAUUAAAUGGCAGUGUUUUUAAGCCACUAAAUUCAAGGUGAUUUCUCAUGUGGCAUAGAAAUAGAUAACCACUCUCUGGCAGCCCCUCACUCCACUUCUACAAGAGUCUCUCUGUCUACUGGGCUAGGAGUAAUAGAAAGGCAGGACUCCUGGAAAGGGACGGAGCCGUGGAAAAGACUGCUUGAGUGGCAGGAAGGACAGCAAAGCAGGGAGCAAAGCCUUCUCCCUGCCCAUCUUCCCCUGGAGUGCUAUUGAGGACACCAGUCUUUCUUAAGCCCCCAAACCUACUUACUAUUUUAGAAAAAAAAAAAAGAAUAAAAGGGAAAUGAGAGUGGGAGAGAGAGAAAAAACGGGAGAGGGAGGCUCCUCCUCCCCGGAGAAUAAGCAGCUGAGCCUCAGUGUGGCCAGUGCUGGGAGAAGUCCCCAGAUUCUCGUAAGCCAUGAACAGAGUGUGCACACUUGUGCCUGUGAGGUGGGAGGCUGAGUGGCCACCGUCCCCAAAUGGCCUCCACAGAAGGUGCUUUCUGAGUUACAUGAAGGAGGUCAGGCUGCCUCCAACUUUCUCUUCAACCCAGGCAUCAGAAGGGCUGAAAUAUCACCAUUUCCUUCACUCCUGUAUGCAUACAUGUAUUCACUCAACAAAUAUUUAUUGAGCUUUUAUUUUAUGCCAAGCCCUGUUCUAGAUUCCAGAAAUACAGAGGUGAACAAACAGUGAAGGGCCUUUCUCCUAAUGAAACUUUCACUCUGGAAGUAAAUAAAUCAGAUGAUUUUCAAUUCAAUCAGAUAACUGCCAUGAAGGAAAGAAACAGAAUGCUAUAAGCCAGCUGGGCACAGGUGGUGCUAUGUGGAAGUGUGGCAUGGGGGAAAUCGGUGCAGGGAAAGAAAGGUUGCAGAACCAAAAUGUCCUCUUAUUUCAAGAUUUUGGUAGACUGUGCCAGUCAUCAUCCCUUCCUAACUUGGACCUCCCAUUCCCACCCCACGUCCCCUCUCUUGGAAAUCUCACCCUCCCUGAGGGCCUCAGCAGACACCUUCUUCACAGGGAGUUGGCAGUGCUGCUGCCUCCUCCGUUUCUCUCUUGCUGCCCUGUACCUCUCCAACAGCAGCCCUGAGUAGCCUAUAACCUCAGCUUCCUCUCCCUCAGAAACAGUUCCUCCCAUCACUUCCAAUGAACACUGGAAAGCUUGAAUUCAGCAUCGAACAUUGUCUUUCCACACAUGAAAAUUAAAAACAAAAUUUUGUGAAAUAACACAAACCUUAUAUGGAUGCUAAAGUUAAAAUAAAGUUAAAGUUAAAAUAGCAUCUUUCCAUGUAACGUGCUUGAGAAAUGUUCCACUUCAAUUAUUAUAUCCAUAUACACAAUUUUUAAUUUCUGUUUUGGUGGUAGAGGUCUGCUUUGCUGGGGCCCCAAGCAGAAGUUUAUUCAGCCUACUGUAUAAUCCAGAGCGUUCCCCCAGGAUAUCUCUCUUUUACCAAUCUCUCCUUGCAGCUUGGAGCCAUCCAUAACCACUGCCUUUCCACCAUCCUCUCUAUCUAAUCAGAUCCUAGAUCCUGUUGAAUCUCCUUAAAGCCCCUCCCUCCAAUCUUCAUUUCAUCCUGCAUCUACUGGCCAGCUAAGGUCACCAAAAGACUCCCAGAGUGCCCAAGACCUCUUAGACAUCUUCUGAUUACAACCACCUCGCUUUUAUAGAUGAGAGAAGAGAGACCCAGAGAGGAAAGAAGACAUCUUUGAGGUCACACAGCUAGUGAAUGAUAGAGCUAGUCACCUUGACAAUCCAAUAACCCCACUGGUUUCUUUGCCCCCAGUCUGGUCCACUAAAUCUGUGGACAUACAAGAUGCGGGUUUAUCACCACCCCCUGACCCAGUGCUUCUCCUACCAUGUCUCUCCCUUGUUUGAAACCUUCAGGGGCUCCCCCGACCUCCAAAUAAAGUUAAAUACCAUUACCUGGCCUCGAGUGUCUACACUUUAUGGUUCCAAAACCUACCUUGGCAAACCUAAAGCACUCUCCUGAAACAUCACAUCUACCAUCAAUGUAAGUUUCAUAAAUGCCAAGACAUUCCUCUUGUCAGUUACAAUCUUUAUGAGAAAAACCUGUUCUGCUGCCCAGCCCUGUGUUCACCCUGAGACCUGGCCAGAGACACCUCAAUGGAACGCAGUGUGGCAAAAGGUCAAGCACUCAAUCUGCACAAUCAGAGCUGAGUUCAUGUCCAGACUCCACCACUGCUGAGCUCAUGAUAUUGGAUAAGUUACUUAACCUCCCUGUGCUUCAGAGGAUUUUUUUUUUUUUGACAAUUAAAUGACAUAGUGCCCAUUGAAAGGCAGCUAAAGUAUUGCUAUUAUUUUUAUUACCACUAUCAUAAUUUAUUGUUACCAUUACUUGUUAAUACAAUGUCACUGCUUCCAGCUGUGCUGAACUACACUGGUGCCUGAGACUCCAGCAGCCUCAGCAAAACCCCACCCCUUGGGGAACAGCUGACUAUUCCAGUCAACUCCCCCCCCCCCCGCCCAAGCUUUUCUCUCCAGCUCUCAUCUCCAGAAGGCUGACUUGUGGGGCAAAACCCCUGGGAGAGAGGGAGGGCACACAGCUGGGAGAAGAAAGGAGCAAAGACGGAUUUGCUAGGCAGUGUGGUGGUGCAGGUCUAGGCUGGAGCCAACCUGUGACACUGACCACAACACCAUGCCCAAAGGGAGCCAGUUAGAAUCCGUUUCACACCCCCCUAAGUGCAGCCUUUCCUGUCAGACCCCCAUCAGCCCUGCCACACAGUGCCAGCCCCAGUGCACACAUAUGCACACAAGCAGAGUCCCAACUGUGUUCUCCCUUCAGUGUCCACCAUCCCCCACUGCCUCAGUUAUGGCUAACUGAGCUGUAAGUAGGCUUAUAAGCCUACUUACAUUUGUAAUCAGCAUUUGUAAUCAGUGACAGGUAAGACAAAUUAAAUUCCUCACACCAAAAGUAAGAGGACAAUUUGCCUGCCAUGACCCAUUACCUGCUGGUAUCCUCUUGGGCUGCGUGGGGCCAGAGCCAGGAAGUACACACCUAGCCUGAGGGUUCAAGGUCCAAGGUUCCCUUGCUUGAUGAGUUCUUCUGGGCAAAAAGACAGGGGCACAAU